GAGCGCUCGAUACUAAGUCAGGGGAUAUUAUCACAAUUCAGAUAUCUUCCGUGAAUAACCACAUCUAAUAUUGUUUUUCAUUACUAAAAGGAAAGGAUAAUUAGUAUUCUUGAGAAGUAGCCAUGGGUGAUCACGUUUUGUCGAUACAAAGUCAUGUCGUCUAUGGAUACUGUGGUAAUAAAUGUGCAACAUUCCCACUGCAGCUACUUGGAUUUGAAGUGGAUGCAAUAAACUCAGUGCAAUUCUCCAAUCAUACGGGGUAUAAAGUCGUCAAAGGGGAAAUCCUGACUGACGAGCAUCUAGGGCAAUUGACCGAGGGGCUAGCUGCGAAUGAUUUAGAUCAUUACAGUCAUUUACUCACUGGAUAUGUGGGAUCUGCGUCUUUUCUCAGAAAAAUUGGACAACUGGUGCCCAUUCUGAGGAAGAAAAAUCCAAAGCUCGUUUAUGUCUGUGAUCCUGUUCUGGGCGAUAAUGGAAAAACAUAUGUACCUGAUGAAUUAAUUGAGAUAUAUAAGACAGAGAUUGUUCCACUGGCCGAUAUUGUGACACCAAAUCAGUUCGAAUUCGAGUUGUUGACUGACGUGAAAAUUGGGACAUUCGAUGACGUGGAGAGAGCUAUAAAGAAAUUGCAUCAAAUAGGUCCUAAAAUUGUUGCAGUCACUUCAAUUGAAUUGAACGAUAGGUUGCUGAGUGUUAUGAGCAAUGCGAAAGAUGGUACGAUCAUUACAAUGGAUAUACCAAAGAUACCGACGAAUUACACUGGGUCUGGAGAUCUCUUCGCAGCUCUGUUCCUCGCUCAUUCCCAUCUCCAGCAGGACUUGAAAAUCGCACUGGAAAAAACAGUGAAUUCGUUGCAUUCGGUGCUCUUGAGGACCCAUGAAUAUCGCUCGAAGGCCUCGAAAGAACCUGCGCAGAAGGCGAAAACCAAGGAGCUGCUUCUGAUCCAGAGCAAAGCAGAUAUAGAAAAUUCAUCGAGUAAACUACAAGCCCAUUACCUGAAUAGAAAAUAGUCCAUUCAAAGAAACCUGCCUUAUGCCUGAAAUUCUGUAUAAAAAUGUCUUGAGCUUGAAGCUCGAAUGUCUUCCACGGUCAAGUGUAUUGAUUUCCGGUUUAUUGCAUUGAAAGAAAAAUGGAGAUUAAACGGGGUAAAAGGUACAUGUACAAUUUAACAAAUAAAUCAUGCAAAAAAACGGGA